AUGCACGCAGGCGCGUCCUACAGACGUCGCGUCUUCGCCUUUUGUCUCGUCCUGCUCGCUUCUGUUCGAGGACAACGUCAGUACCAAGCGGCAACCUACCAAAACGCUCAAUAUGGCAACGGCUAUCAAGGUGCACAGUCGAAUGCUGGCUUCCAAGCUGCACAGUCUAAUUCUGGCUAUCAGCAGUCCAAUAACCAGCAAAGGUAGAUUUUUUGUUCUGUUUAUUUUGAUGGAUAUUCUGACAUGAAGCGCCAAAAAAGCGCCACGACUAUUUCUCUGACACACACUAUUCCGACGUUAUCUAGCUUCGAGAAAACGACAAAAUAGUGUAUGCUAGAGAAAGAGUUGUGGCGCCUUUUUGGCGCUCCAUUUCAGAGUACGUCUACUCUUUUUUAUCUGCCCUUUCUUAACAGCUUCUGACUGAGAGAGCUUUUUUGAAUACCUUGGACCUUUUUUGAGUUGUUUGCCUCAUUUCUUGACUCACAUUUUAACAAUAGAAAUGUAUUUCUUCCCUCACAUUCUUGAAGUUUCUUUUUUUUCUGAUAAGCUAGCGGAAAAUAGCAUGCACUAUUCAUUUCUUUUUUGGAUUGAACAUUGAAACCUGCUAAGUGGAAAAAUUUGGCGAUACGUUCAUUGAGACCGAAUGCUCUUGAGCAAUUGAUUUUUUUCAUUAUCAGGUCUGCACUUUUUGCAGUGCUACCUUGUCCGCAAUUUAAUGUCUCCGCAGGCACCUGAAACCUUUUUACGCAUUGAUUUAAGCAUCUUACUCAAAUUGUUCAACAAGAAGUACUUUUAGAUUUUGAUAAAGAACCGACAUUGAGUAAAAAAGGUUAACCUUCCACAAACUUUUUUAAGUCCUAACAAUUUUAAGAUGAUGUAAGAUUUCAAGUACACAGUUUCAUUUGUUUCUUGUAUAAUACAGCAUUUUUUAUAACCAAUGAAAUAAAAUUAAAUCUAUUCUAGUUGAUUAGAUGUGACUUCAAUGAUUCUCCCAUUUCAGAAAAAAAAUAAAUUCCAAUCCAAAAAGCUUGUUAUUUUUUGUGAAAUAACCCACACGCAGAAGUCAAAACAACAAUAGCAAGCAAAAAAACUGACCAAAAACGUGUUUAGUCGGUAUCAAACGCAGCAGUUUGUCGUACCGGGCAACAACUACGGAGGCCAAUUUAAAGAGCAACGAGUAAUCACCGUCCAAGAAAAGUGAGUAACAAAAAGCCUUAGAAUCUUUCCCUAGUAAUAGUUCUAGACUGUAGCCCCUUUUCCCCUUUCGAAGUUCCAGAAUUCAUGUAAUUGGAAAAUUUUCAGCAUCCAAGGAUCGGCUCAACAAGGAGCCGGAUAUGGCUACAACGCUGGGAUAAACGCUCAAGGAGGCUCAUCAAACGCCGGAUAUCAGUUUUCUCAGCAAUACGGCAGCGGAGCCUCGGGCUUCCAGAGCCGAGGAGGACAACAAGGAAUGAUACAAUAUGUGUGUUUUAAAAAUGCUUCUCCCAGAGCAAGGUUUUGUACUUUGUACAACUUGAAAAUAGUUUGAAUUGAAAAAGUUUCUAGAUAUUUUAAUAACCACCAGAUAAUAAAAAAAUAACCUUGAAAAAUAUUCAAGAGAGGAAUUUUUUUUGAAAGCUUGCACUUCUUUUUUUCGCUUCUAAUUCUACCUUGCGCAAGUCAUUGCAAAGUCGGAUGAAGAGCGCAAAAAAAAAACCAUAGUUCGAGUCAUAAAAACAGAUUUAAAAAAAACUUCAAAGGAAAAAGGGGAACUGAGGGUUUAGUGAAUUAUAAAUUUCGUUUUUCUCGUGUCCUUUUUUAUUGGAAUCAAUUUUCAUUCCCAGAGAGGAAACCAGCAGCAAGCUGGUAGAUCGGUGGUCGUGAACAGUCCAGUCAUGUUUGUGAGUAACGGAACUGUUUUAACCUCAAAAAGUUCCCUCAUUUUAGUCAAGCGGCUCCGUUCUGGGAGCUCAAGUCGACAUCCGCUUGACCUCGUACGCCAACACCAAUCUGAACCUCAUGAAUGGAACGACUUGUAUGUGUCCUAUCAACAACUGCAACUACAUCCCGGCUAACCAGCAGAACCAGUGUCUUUUCAGCUUUGUCAUCGUCAUUUCUGCCGCUGAGUACGUUUCUGUGCGAUUCAAAAAAAAAAUUGCAUAGUUAAUCAAUUAUGUUUUUAUAAAGUUAUGAAUCAAAGCAAAUAAUCCUGUUCGUAUCAAACUUAUUGGAGUUUCAUCUUGGUUUUAAAAAAAAACUCUGCUGAAUUUUUUCGAAUGCGCAGUUAUGUUUUGGUUAAAUGAAUGAACCUAAAAUAUACUAAUUUUGAGAAGAGCGCCUUUUUGUAAAUUUUUAAAAGUUUGGACGUAACUGUACUUUCGUGUAUUGCUUAAAUUAGAUCUUUAAUUAAUAAAUUAGGUAGGCAAAAAUUUUAGCCAUAUUUUUGACCAAAUCAAAGCAGAAUGCAAACACGUUUUAUGACGAUCAUGCGGCCGCAGCUCAGGCUCGAUAAGACGCGCCGCAAUAUCAACAAUCCUGUGUUAUUUGCGAACGCGUUUACGCCCGAUCCUCCCUUUAUUAAAGCGUAUUUGUAACGAAAUACCGACGAAGGAUAUGAACAUCAGCUUUGACUGACUUUUUUUUAAACAAAAAAGUCGGAUUCGAAAGAAGGAAAAAAAAUGUCAAACAUAAGCUCAACUUCAAAAUUUUUCAGCUCAAUGGAGCAUACAUUAUUGACAGCUAUGUUGAUCAGAAUUUAAAAAUUGUGGUGAAUAGAGCGGAUACAAGCUGGCAAACUGAAGUUAUAAGAGUACAGGUCAUUUCAGAGCUCUGCUUGUAAAAAAAUACUAAGAGUAAGAACCAAAUCCUUUCCGUCUCCAUCGUCUUAUCUUUCAGCCAGUCAAUCCAGUACAUUCAAUCGGACUUUUAUCCGAUGCCCAACAACGGACUUCUCACUUCUGGAAACUGGACGAUUCCAUAUUCAUUUCAAAUGAACACUAAGCCGGUACUCUGAUAACUUUUUUUUUUUGUUUCAAUGUUUUUUUAGGUUGCAAUUGACAUUUUCGUUCAACAUCUCGGCGUCGUCAUGGAUUCUCAAACUGCCCAGCUUUUGUUUUUCAAUCACCUUGCUCUGGUAGGAUGAAAAAUGAAAAACCCCGAAAAUUUUCAUUUUUCAGGUUGAUUCCUUUGUCGUGGACUUGAUAAACUACUCGAAUAGCGGUCAGAACGGUCCCCAAGCUCUAACUCUUGUUGGUCAACAACAAGGGACACAGUAAGUUUAUGUCGCUUUCUUAUGGGAAAAAAUUGUGUUACUUUAACUUUUAAAAGGACGUGUCGCACGUGAAAAGGGUCAUUUAAAGUCAAGUUCCAAUUGUAACUAUUCAUCUGCAAAAGAGACUCAGGUGUUUAUCUUGAAAUUUUACAAAAUCACGCAAGUCGUUUCGGGUCCGGCGCGAUUUAGAACUACCGAUUUGAACUCAAUCAUACCAUGUAAAAAAUUGCGCUAUCUGUGAUAGACAAUUUUGUCUUGUUAUACAAAAUUGAUGCGAACAAUGGAUUGCCCUAGAAAGCGAAAAGAAAUUUUUUUAAAUUUUAGGUUGCAAAUUUCAUUGAAUGUCCAAUGUAUCAAUAACAUGAUGGGUCAAUACUGCGACCUCCAGUGCAAUAAUGCCAAUAUCGGCAACUCCAACACGGUCAUUUGCUUCAGCAACAGAACUAAUACCUACUCGGCUUGCAAAUGGAACUCCUACCGAUCUCAGGUUUUAUCUUUAAAAACUAAAAAAAUCAUCAGAGUAGUUCUACUGAAAAUUAAAAAAUAUUUGCUGCUCUAAUAGAAGGCAAAAUGGCUUUUUCAAGCUUUUUUCGAUAGCAUGAUUCACCUGAAAUUCAAUUCUCAGCCAAACGCAUCGAGAAAUUCAUUUUGGUUUUUCAUUUCUUCGAAGAGAGAAAUUUAUUCGAGAUCAUUUCAAUGCAUUUCUGUUUUUUUCAUUAUCGCAGAGAGAAUGAUUGAUUUAAGCUUAAAUUUUGGUGAAUACCGCCCACCAAAACUCAUUUUUACACAACAUUCUGUCUGCGAUGUGGAAACUGCGACGCAAUAAAGUACGUUUUUUCGAUCUUAUUUUCGGUCAAAUUGGAAAAUUCAAAGCAGAUCAGAUUAGAACUCCAUAUCCGGUUAUUUUGAUUAGCUGUCUUUUUUCGAUUUUCUACUUUGAUAGUGACAUCCAAUGCAGUUUUUAUAGUUUUCUGACAUUGUCGGUAAAAAAUAGCUAUAUUGCUUGAACUUGAAAAAAGGGCUCGGCAAAACUUGAAAAAUAAAAUUCCGAGGUCAGGCUGACUCUGUAGAUUUUAGGUCACGGAUUGCUACGUCUGUACCCACGGCACGUACAACGGCACUUGCAAUGGAGCAGUGAUUUACACUAAUAAUGGGGUAACACACUAGAAUAGUCCCUUAAAUACUAAACUUUUAAGGGAGUUGCCUACGCCUUCCGUACCUGGACAAUAGUACUUGGAGUACUUCUCGGUAUUGCGCUCCUCUUGAUCCUAUGCCUCAUAAUCUCAUACAUAAUGUGAUUUUUACUCGCUUUUAUUACCUAUAAAAAGUUUAUUUCAGCGUGAGAAACCGCGAGGCCUCAAGGAGCGAGACUUUCAAGAAAAACUCGUACGAAAACGGCAACUACGAUACGAGCACGAGUUAUAGCCGAGAAAGCAAGCAGAGGGAAGGAUCGACCUCGCAAGCGCUUUUGUCAGAGGAAUGGUCUACCUCGAAGCCAAAACCUACAGGAAUCCUGGCGCACACUACUGCGAGGCAGAAUGAACAAGCCGAAUCCGAGGUGAGAACACAGAAAAACAGAAUUGAUCCCGAAUAAUUUUUUUUUUUUGGAGAAAUUAUGAGAUUUCGGAUGAGGUAUAAGUUUUUCUUAUAACUUCUCAUAUCUCAUGGAAUUCGUUUUUUGUCGAGCGUUCUUUAAGGUUAUCUUUUUGUGCCAUGAAAAACGCUCCAUCUCGAAAUGAUUGCAAAGUGUUUCUCGCAGAAGUUCUGUGGUUUUCCAAGAAAAAUCUUCAGAAUAGUCUUUCGAUAGCUCAAAAACCUUUUUUUUAAGUUUCAUAAGAUCUUAAUGAAAGAUAGCUUCGAGAAAUCGAAAAAAAAAACAAAUUUUCGAGCUGGAAAAGUCUUCGAAGAGUUUUUACCAGCUGUCGAAGAAAUUUACUGGACUCUGUUACCCAGUUUUAUCUACACAAGAUGUGUAUGAACUACGGAUUUUCUUUGCCGAUCCUUAUCAUUCUUCCCAGCGUGUGAGUCAAAUUUUCUGUUUAAGGACAGCUACAUGGCAAACGGCGUACAGCAAACAACAACCACAACUACAACAACCACAAGACGCGAACACGUAGUAUAA